AUGCUAGCUAGCCUUUAUGCAUUUUUAGAACUUAAUGAUUGUGAAAAUUUCCUUAACUACUUUGUGCCCCAUAAAUGGUUUUUGUCGAUGGUUAUAGAUGAAUUUAAAGGUGGCAAAAUUACAGUAGAAGCAGCUUACAAAUUACUUGAAAAAUUUGAUGUUCAUUGCAGCUUUAUUCACAUGAAAUAUAUUUUUAAGGAUAAUGACAGACUGAACAAAGGAAGAAUCACUAUUGAAGAAUUUAGAUCCAUUUAUCGAACUAUUGCAUACAGAGAAGAAAUAAGGGAGAUUUUCAAUGCAUAUUCGGAAAACCGGAAAUUUAUUGUUAAAGAUAAACUAGUCAACUUUCUGAGACAAGAGCAGUACAUACUUGAUGCAAAUGACACUGAUGCUUCUGAGAUCAUUAAAAAAUAUGAGCCAAUUGAAGAAGUUAAACUAGAAAAUAAGCUGUCAUUUGAAGGUUUUAGAAGAUAUAUGAGUUCAUCAGAAAUUCUUAUAUUUAAUGACAAGUGUGACAGAGUUUAUCAAGAUAUGAAUCAGCCAAUAAGUGAUUAUUAUAUUUCAUCUUCACAUAAUACCUAUUUACUAUCCAACCAAAUUGUGGGACCAAGUGAUCUUUGGGGAUAUGUAAGUGCCCUUGUGAAAGGAUGCCGCUGUUUAGAAAUUGACUGCUGGGAUGGAUCACAGAAUGAGCCUGUUGUAUACCAUGGUUACACACUUACCAGCAAGAUUCUCUUUAAAACGGUUAUCAAGUCAAUCCAGAAAUAUGCAUUCAUAAAAUCAGACUAUCCAUUGGUACUUUCUCUAGAAAAUCACUGCUCUCCACCACAACAAGAAGUUAUGGCAAACAACCUGCUGUCUACUUUUGGAGAAUCCUUGCUUUCUGAUGUACUUGAUGAUUUUCCAGACAAACUACCUUCACCAGAGGCAUUGAAAUUCAAAGUAUUGGUUAAAAACAAGAAAAUCGGAACCUUAAAAGAAACUCAUGAAAGGAAAGGUUCUAUGAAGCAUGGCCAGGUAGUGGAAAUUGAAGAAGAGGAAGAUCAAGAGGAGGAAGAAACUAACACCAAAUAUUCAGAAAUAUAUGAUUCUCAAAAAAGCCAUGAAAGGGAACAACUUAAACCACCUAGUUCAAUUGUCUUAUCCUUGUUCAAGAAAAAGAAGGUAAAAGUGGCUCUGGCACUCUCUGAUCUUGUCAUUUAUACCAAAGCUGAGAAAUUCAGAAGCUUUCAAUAUUCAAGAGCAUUUCAACAAUUCAAUGAAGCUAAUUCUAUUGGGGAGACACAAGCCCGAAGACUUUCCAAGUUGAAAGUCCAAGAAUUUAUUUUUCAUACUCAGAAGUUUAUCACCAGAAUAUAUCCCAAAGCAUUAAGAACAGAUUCUUCCAAUUUUAAUCCUCAAGAAUUUUGGAAUCUAGGUUGUCAAAUGGUGGCCUUAAAUUUCCAGACUCCUGGUGUGCCUAUGGAUCUUCAAAAUGGGCGAUUUUUAGAUAAUGGUGGCUCUGGGUAUGUUUUGAAGCCACAAUUCUUAAGAGAUAAAACAUCAAAUUUUGAUCCAAAUAAAUUACCAUCAGACAAUAACCCUUUUAUACUUACAAUAAGGAUCAUCAGUGGUAUCCAGUUGCCUCCCAGUAAUUAUUCAUCAACCAACAAAGCUGAUGUAACCGUGAUUAUAGAAAUUUUUGGUGUUCCAUAUGAUCAAGUGAAACAACAGACUCAUGUAAUUAAAAGAAAUGCUUUUAAUCCAAAAUGGAAUGAAACAUUCACAUUCAUUAUUGCGGUGCCAGAACUGGCUCUGAUCCGUUUUGUUGUUGAAAGCCAAGGUUUAUUAGCUGGAAAUGAAUUUCUUGGGCAGUAUACUUUACCAGUUCUAUGCAUGAAUAGAGGUUAUCGUCGUGUUCCCCUCUACUCCAAAACGGGUGAAACUCUUGAGCCUUCCUCACUUUUUAUUUAUGUUUGGUACAUCAGAUAG